AUGGCAUCGACCGCGCAGUAUGCCGGCCAAACCAGCUUCUUCGGGGACAACACGCCGCUGCCCAUCGAGUCUGGCUAUGCCAUUGUGCUAGGCUUUGGCGCAUUCUUCUCCGUGCUGACCACGGUGUUGGUGUACCUGGACAAGUAUGCCAAUGGCACGGAACACACGUCUGAGUUCUUCAACACUGCCGGCCGCUCCGUGAAGACGGGCUUGACUGCCUCUGUGAUCGUGUCUCAGUGGACCUGGGCUGCCACGCUGCUGCAGUCCUCCAACGUGGCGUGGCAGUAUGGAGUGUCUGGACCAUUCUGGUACGCCAGCGGCGCAACGAUCCAGGUCCUGCUUUUCGGCAUUCUGGCCAUCGAGAUCAAGCGCCGCGCACGGACGGCCCACACCGUUUGCGAGAUGGUCCUUGCAAGGUGGGGCAAGGCGGCGCACUUGACGUUCCUCUUCUUCGCGCUGCUGGCCAAUGUGAUCGUGACCUCCAUGCUGCUGUUGGGCGGUGCUGCCACCGUGAACGCACUGACAGGCGUGGACACCGACUUGGCGUCCUUCCUGAUUCCAUGGGGUGUGAUCCUGUACACGGCGGCAGGCGGCUUAAAGGCCACUUUCAUGGCAUCCUACCUCCAUACCGCCAUCAUUUUCCUGGUUCUGGUGGUAUGCGUGUACACUGUCUACGUGAAGAACUUCUCCUCCGACGUGAUCUACGCUGGCCUGCAGCAGGUGUCGAGCUACUCGACGACUCAGUGCGAGCAGAUCUUCAAGCAGGGCACUCAGACCUUCUUCGAAGCGGGCAAGUACGCCUGCGGGCCUGUCCCAGAGAACGAGGGCGGAUCCUACCUGACCAUGCUCUCGGGUGGUGGCACCAAGUUCGGCAUCAUCAAUAUCGUUGGUAACUUCGGCACCGUCUUCGUGGACCAGUCGUACUGGCAAUCUGCCAUCGCGGCUAAGCCGACCAGCGCCCACAAGGGCUACCUCCUGGGUGGAUUGGUUUGGUUCACGAUCCCCUUCGCGCUCGCCACGUCCCUUGGCCUGUGUGCCGUUGCCCUGCAGCUUCCCAUCUCCUCCGCCGAAGCCGGCGCGGGUCUGGUGCCGCCCGCGGUCGCCACGCACCUCUUCGGCAGCUUCGGCUCAGUGAUGAUGGCGGUGAUGCUCUUCAUGGCCAUCACCUCCACAGGCUCUGCCGAGGGCAUCGCCGUGUCAUCCUUGGUCACCUACGACAUCUACAAGACCUACAUCAACCCCAAGUGCACUGGCCAGCAGGCAUUGUUUAUCUCCAAGGUAGUUGUUGUGGUCUUUGGUCUCCUCAUGGGAGGCCUCGGCGUGGCUCUGAAUCACAUGGGCCUGAACCUUGGCUGGGUGUACCAGUUCAUGGGCAAUGCUAUCGGCUCUGCCGUGGUGCCUCUCUGGAACUUGCUCAUGUGGAAGAAGGCCAAUGCGAUGGGGGCCGUGGCUGCAGCCUGGGGCGGCAUGAUCCUGGCCCUGGCAACUUGGCUGAUCGUCUGCCAGGCCGAGUUCGGUGAGAUCACCAUCGACAACCUGGGAACACUGAACCCAAAUCUCGCUGGCAACAUCGUGGCCUUGGCGUCAUCGGCCUUGAUCCAUUUCGUCUUCUCCAUGGCCAGUCCUCAGAACUACGAUUUCGAAUCUAUGGGCAAGAUCGAAAUGCUCGAGCAGGACAUGAGCGGCCUCGACGACGAGGACUACACCUCGGACUUCCUGGAUGCGGCCAAGUGGUGGAUUCAGAAGUGGGGUUGGGGCUUCACCAUCCUCAUGGUCCUGAUUUGGCCUCUGCUGUCUUUGCCUGCCGGGGUCUUCACGACGGACUACUUCGCGUUCUGGGUGUUCAUCAGUAUCGCCUGGAGCUUCGUGGCCACGUUCGUGAUCAUCGUCCUCCCCAUUCAAGAAUCGUGGGGUGCUAUCAUGGGUGUGUGCUACUUCAUGGUUGGCAAGCAGGCCCCUCAAAAAGCCGGCGCUGCAGCGUCCACUGCUGAGAAGGCUCCUGAAACGCAGGAGGUCGCGUAUUAA